UUUUCCGAACAUGAAGAUGAUGACCAUGCCCAAUAAAGAUGUUGACGACAUGUACAGUGUACAUGGCCACGCUGGUAAUCUCUGUCGUGCGUCGAUUAUGGAAGGUUUAGAAAAAAUACUCAAAUUGAGAUCAUCGUACCAGGCAGAUCAACCGAUAUGCAUUGCAGAUUUUGGAACUGCAGACGGAAAAGCUUCUCUUUCCCUCGUCAAAGAAGUGAUAGAUAUCGUACAAACAGACCUUGGGCAGGAGCAGACCAUUGUAGUGUACUAUAACGACCAACCGAUGAACGACUUCAAUCUUCUAAGCAAAGUCAUCCAAGGCGACAGACAGGAUUCCGGACUAUCGGGAUGCAGUAACGUCUACCCAGUAAUCGUUCCAAGAACUAUGUAUAAACAGUGUCUUCCUGAUAAUUCUCUGGACCUGGCAAUGUCCGCUGUAGCUACACAUUACUUGUCUAAACAAGUUUGUCGAAUAGCAAACGGUGUCUUUAUGGGUGAGGCAGAUAACAACGAACAACGACUGAUGAGAGAACAAGGCAAAACUGAUUGGCGGGCAUUCGUGAUUGCAAGGGGACGAGAACUGAAACCUGGAGGAUUUCUUGUAUCACUUAACGCGUCAUUAAACGAUGAUAAUGAUGAGACGUCGCACGUAGAUAAGGGAAAUCACAACCUGGGCAAAUUUGUGUCUGAUAUGGCAAGGGAUGGCGUGAUCACGCAGGAAGAAUAUCUUGCGACAAACUUUCAUAGCCACUAUACGAGAACUGCAGCUGAUUUUCAAGAGCCGUUCAGUAGUACCUUACCAGAGGUCGAUAAACUUGGAUUGGAAUUAGUGUCUGUCAAAUCAAUGAAACACUAUCUGCAACAUCCACUAUUCGAUAUUGUCGAGAAAGAUGAGACAGAAAAGAUGGAAUAUUCCCGAAAAGUUGUUGCUUCUGUCUUCCCUUGGUUUCAUCAUGUGAUUCGUGGGGGAUUGUCCUUUUCUCGUACGGAGGAUGAAAAACAGAUGAUAGUUGAACAAUACUUUAACAGAUUACAGGCGUAUGCGUUUGCUCACUCUGAUCACAAACCGUACCUUAUUUUCACAGAAGUUGUUAUACAAAAGUGCAUCUAACUAACUACGAACUUACAUGCAAGUUUCGGUACUAGUUAAAACACAAUUUAACCAUAGUUAUUUCUUCCAAAUAUAGAGAACUUACCAUUGACUGUACUAUAGCGUGGAACGCUGUUGUAAAAUGUGUUUGGUUUGUUUAUAUUGUGAUAAGAUGAUUUACAAAAAGUACAUUAAACAGAGAAUAUAAGAAUAAAAUAUCAAGAAAUACAAUUGUACCAAACAUCUCCUACAGAACUUAACAGUAGCGAGGGUGCAUUUGUAAUUUGUUCUGGUAAAAUAUUUCGUUCAUAUGGUCCCUGGUAGGUAUUUUUAUUUAAACAUUAUUUUUAGAAAUGAAGGCAAUUAAUGUAAUCUAUUAGAAGAAUGGUUAUCCGAAUAUGGUAGAUGGUGUCGUGUUCCGUUUCGUAGCAAAUAAAUAUAAUGACUCAUAAGCUAAUUAGGGCUAUUCACUAACGGUAAAAGGACCUUUGUUUUCGGUAUGUUUCUUCUUAUUAUUAUUAUGUCAAGCUAACCAAACACAAAAAACAUAUUUACUAUUUUCCUCGUCUGCAAAAGGAACCAAAUGAAUAAAUUGAU